CGUUGUCUCCAUACGUCACAUUUUGAGCGAUAAAUGGCGAUUGGACGUGGUUGGUGGCGUGACCAAAAUGGCGGCCAUUUGAGCGUCUGCCUUCAUUUGAUUGGUUGUCAGUGUGGGUGGAGUCUGUUUACAUGGCGGUCCAGUUGAUGAGAAGCACCUGUGGCUAAAGCCAAGCGGUGGCAGGAUUUUGGGCAUAAUGUCAUUAAUUUAUCGUUACGAAGCGAAUUCUCGAAAGAGUUCAACGUGAAACAAAAUCAGAGCGACCCAAAAUUUUUCUUCGCAUCAGCAGGAAGCAGGCAGGCUUUGCCUUUGGGCUAAAAACAAUCAAAACAAGCGCACUUUUGGCAGGGAAGAAGAUCCUCCCGCUCUGCUUUGAGGUCGCUGAUACACGAAGACGGACUUUCUUGGCAAGUCUGCGUUCUUCUCGUUGGCUAACGCUCGCAGUGUGUCGAAAGGACCACAAAGACAACAGCCAAACAAAACUGCAAUUCCUUGAGAAUUUCGUAAGGAUGUGGCCAGAACAAAUGUGGCGCCCGAAGUGGAACAUCUUUCAUGUUAACAAAUGGGAGAGGUCUAGCUCAUCAGCUGCAUGCAAAAGAUUAUGACAACCCCACAAAGAAUGUCCAAAAAGGGGUGACUGGGGUCCACCCUGAUGAUGUCAUUCUUGUGGUCCGUCUGAGAUGUGAUGGAGACAACAGAGAUGAAGAGAAUCAGGCAUAUUAAUGCAGAGCACGUUUAAAUACUGGAGAAACAACUUGAGCAUGAAGCGCUUCCUCUUGUCUUUGAGGCGACAUAUCGGAUUGAAACCACCCUUUCCUGAAUCUGGACUUUGGCCGGCACACACUUUGCACUUUGUCAAAAGUGGAACAAGUCAAUGAACGUGAACAAGUGAUAUCAACGUCACUUGAUGCCUGUGGCCAUGUUGGAAACGACAAAAUGCGAACUCUCACUGAUGGGCAGAGUAAACACAAACCAGGACAAUUUGUUUGUCGUCAGCAAGGACGGCAGCAAAAGCCUCCAUGGUCACGCCCGUGCUUGGGAGAUUGGACCGAGAGGCAUCCGUUUGUGCUUCCAAGGCUGCGUUGAGCCGACUCAAGACCAGCGGAGCUCGUCCCUGCUCUGCAUAUUGAAAACAAGGAGAAAUGCAAAAUGCAUUAAGUGCAGAGCCAGCACAAAAAGCAAAGCUGCCAAAAGCACAAUGAUCAAGAUUUCCGGAUUUGAAUGACGGGAUGUGAACCGUGAACCUCCAAAAAAAAAGACUUCAAAGAUGUUACAGAUGAGCCGCCACAUGCAACACUGCACAAAGAAGACAGAAGGAAAACAUUCCCCCUGUGGCUGCACCGACUGGGAUGUUUACGUUGAAAAAGCAUCACAGAGGAUUGCAGGCAGGCCAGGUGCUGACGGCACACUUUAUGGUUGAGGAAGUGUGUCGGGUCGCCAAGUCCUCCCGCGGGCAGUCGGCCGACUCUUAAUACACUCUGAAGCCCGACUCGACCCGCCAGACUCCAAACAUGCCAUUCGGGUCACUAACCGCUGCUCUUCGCCACGCCGUCGACCCAGCACUUCCUUCCUGCUGCUCAAAGUGAAGAGAGAAAUGUCUUACCUCGCUGACAUUUUCAGCGGUGACAGCUGCGAUGAAGGCGGGAGUGACAGCCGAACCUGUCGGCAAGGUCGCCGAUUGGUGGGAGAGGCCAUGAGACCGCGGGGAGGCAAUGUGGGUUAAGGGGACCCCAGCACACAUCAUUGCCCGCCUCUCCUCUCGCUCCUCUGCACAGCCGUCAGCUGCAGCGCCACGUUAGAAGCAGCACACUCACAUUUCCUUCCUGUAACCGAUAAGAUGGCGGCUCAGGAAGCGACCGGGCACAGCUUCCUGGUGACGUGCUGGCAGCCCGUUCUGAUCCUGAUGCUGGGCACCGUGCUGUCCGGUUCCACCACCAGCUGCCCGUCCCGCUGCGAGUGCAACGUCCCGGAACGUAGCGUGAUGUGCUACCGCAAGAAGCUCAUGACGGUUCCCGAAGGGAUCCCCGCCGAAACCCGGUUGCUGGACCUCAGCAAGAACCGCAUCAGAACCAUCAACCCCGACGAGUUUGCCAACUUGGCUAUCCUGGAGCAUCUGGAGCUCAGCGAGAACACCAUCUCCACGAUUGAACCCGGCGCGUUCAAUAACCUUUUUGGCUUACGGACACUGGGACUGCGUAGCAACAAGCUCAAGCUGAUCCAGCUCGGGGUGUUCACGGGCCUGAGCAAUCUGACUCAGCUGGACAUUAGUGAGAACAAGAUAGUCAUCCUGCUGGACUACAUGUUCCAGGAUUUGUACAACCUACGCUCGUUGGAGGUGGGUGAUAACGACCUGGUUUUUAUCUCCCAUCGCGCUUUUCACGGCCUGAGUAGCCUCCAGCAUUUGAGUCUUGAAAAGUGCAACCUGUCCUCUGUGCCGACGGAGGCCUUCACCCACUUGCACAGUCUGAUCACGCUCAGGCUGCGCCACCUCAACAUCAACGUGAUUCGGGAUUAUUCCUUUAAACGUCUCUUCAGGCUCAAAGUGCUGGAGAUUGCCAAUUGGCCCUAUUUGGAUACAAUGACCCCAAAUUGCUUGCACGGAUUAAACCUGACCUCUCUGACCAUUGCGAACGCUAACCUGACCUCCAUUCCUUACGUGGCUCUCCGCCACUUGGUGUACUUACACUUUCUCAACCUCUCCUACAACCCGAUCCACACCAUCGAUGGGAAUAAACUGCACGAUCUGCUGCGUCUUCAGGAGUUUCACCUGGUCGGAGGGCGACUGGCCAUGAUUGAGCCCUACUCUUUCCGGGGUCUCAACUACCUGAAGAUUCUCAACGUUUCGGGGAACUCCCUGACCACUCUAGAGGAGUCGGCGUUCCAUUCAGUGGGCAAUUUGGAAACCCUGGCCCUGUACGACAAUCCCCUGGCCUGCGACUGUCGCAUGUUGUGGGUCUUCCGGCGACGCUGGAGACUCAACUUCAACCGGCAGCAGCCCACCUGCGCCUCCCCCGAAUUCGUCCAAGGCAAAGAGUUCAAGGACUUCCCGGACGUCUUGCAGCCCAACUACUUCACCUGUCGCAAAUCCAGGAUUAAGGAUCGCAAGCCGCAGCAGCAGUUUGUCGACGAGGGCGCCAUCGUUCACUUCGCCUGCGAGGCCGACGGCGAUCCGGCUCCGGUGAUCAUGUGGCUAUCCCCGCAGAAGAAGUUCAUCACCACCAAAACCAUCGGAAGGAUCUCCGUGUUGCCGGACGGGACCCUGGAGGUCCGCUACGCUCAGAUUCAGGACAACGGAACGUACGUGUGCGUAGCUAGCAACGCGGGCGGCAACGACACGUCUCUGGCUCACCUGCACAUUCACAGCUAUUCGCCCGAUUGGCCCUUCCAACCCAACAAGACUUUUGCGUUCAUCUCCAACCAGCCGGCGGAAACCGGCGCCAACGACACGCGAGCUAACGUCCCGUUCCCCUUUGAUAUCAAGACGUUGAUCAUCGCCACCACGAUGGGCUUCAUUUCCUUUCUGGGCGUGGUCCUGUUUUGCCUGGUGCUGCUCUUCCUUUGGAGCAGAGGCAAAGGCAACACCAAGCACAAUAUCGAAAUCGAGUACGUGCCGCGCAAAUCGGACGCUGGCAUGAGCAGCGGCACGGCCGACGCUCCUCGCAAGUUCAACAUGAAAAUGAUUUAAAGACGUGCAAGUAAUAUAAAAAAAAAGACAUUUGUGAGGACUAAGCACUGGAUUUUGGUGUGGCCACACAGAGAAUGACUCAAGAACCCGAGAAGGGCCGUCGCUGACUUUCAAACGAGAGCCGAUGAAAGCAUGGCCGCCGCAACGUGGCUCGUGGGCCCCGUUUUACUGCAAGUCACGUUAGGCAUAAACAGUUCAUGUUCCUGUGGAUCGAUAACGGCAAAAGUAUAAUUGACAAGAGUUACACCCACCCGAGCUGCCAGAACGCGAGAGGUCGAUGAUGGUUCCGUGUCUGUUUUUCUUUUCAUUUGCACACCGCCAACCCCCAGGCAACAUGUCAAGUUCUGAAUGAUAUCCAGCCGUGACCCAUUUUCAAGUUGAAAAUCAAUACAUUUCAUCAGAUGAGUGUUUGAAGUAUGACUGCUUUGUCCUACUUUUAUAGUCUUGACUGCGGCCGUUAAUAGUCUGAUCAGUCAUCAGUGUCAAAGUCAUCGAUUGGAAAUGCCCUCGUAGGUAAAGGACAUCUGGGAAAAAAGAGGAUGUGUUGUUUGAAUAUUGUUUGGGGAAAGAAAAUUGCUACUGGUGCCUGAAGGAGUUUCAAAUUUGAAAAUUCAUUCAUCCCAAAAAAAAAACCUAUUGGGGUAAAUAUUGAGUAUAAUUUUUAUGCAUUUUUCUCAAUGCAUUUUUCCAUUGAAAAUUGUGUUGACAAAAUUCGGAAAUUCAUUCACGCA